AUGAAGGUCACUAUUUCUCUUUGUGUUUUCGCAUCAUUACUUGUUACGUUUACAGACGCGGCGGCGUUAACUGGUAAAUGGCCACCUCUUGAUCAACCUCCACCACCUGUGAAGGAUUGGACCGCUUUGGUUGAUUUAACAAAGGUUCCCAAUGCUCCUUUAGUAAAAGCAGCAGAUGUAGGAGUCAAAUGUCCAGACAAAAAUACUUUUUGUAAUUGGAGUUGUAAUGGGUGUACUAAGCCCGACUCCGACGUCAUCCUAUGCCCAACUAAAGGAGAUUGGGGUAUCACUUUUGAUGAUGGUCCAACAGAAUACACAACCGGCUUGUUAGAUUUCCUUGAUAACACAGGGGAUAAAGUAACAUUCUUCGUUGUUGGUUCUAGAGUAUAUGAAAAUCCAGAAAUUUUACAAAGAGCGGCUAAGGCGGGACAUCAAAUCGGUAUACAUACUUGGUCUCAUCCAUAUCUUACAUCACAAUCCAAUGAACAAAUAAUUGCAGAAUUCAAAUGGACUGAAGCUGCAAUAAAACAAGCUGUUGGACUUACACCUAAAUAUGUACGUCCUCCAUACGGAGAUUAUGAUGAUCGUGUAAGAGGAAUUGCAACUCAACUUGGUUACAAAGUUGUUAUUUGGGAUAGAAAUACAAAUGAUUGGAUGUCAGAAGAUGAUAAAUCCUACCAACUUACAUGGAUUGAAGGAAAUUUCACUGAAUGGGUUAAGGAACCUGCUACUACCGGUCAUAUUUCUCUUGAACAUGACCUUUAUAAACAAACCGCUGAGAGAGCUCUAAUAGCUUUACCAAUCGUUACAAAAGCUGGAUUCAGUAUUAAACCCAUCUCUGUUUGUUUAGGAGAAAACCCAUAUGUUGAAGAUGUUUCCCUUAAUACAACUACAACUACAGCACCAGCACCAGCACCGACAGCAGCACCAGCAUAUCCUAGUUCAAUACCAUAUGUUGUUGGUGAAUCAACAGCUGCUAUACCAUCAGCUUCCUCUACCCCUGCUACUACCAGUGCUGCAAAUACUUUAAACAGUGCUAAUUUAUGGUCAUUUGUAUCAUUUAUUGUGGGAUCUGUCAUGUUCAUUUAA